GUCAUGUUUUCAUGUUGAUUAUGAUCUUUGGUUUAAAAUCUUCGGGCUUCCGUAUUUUACUACUUGAUCUUAUGUUAAGGCCAUUAUUAUGAGUACAUGAGCUGGAAAGGACAAAUAACUUUCCAGCUUCCUUAAAACCUCCCAACUAAGUUCGACAUAAAAAUUUGGAGAAGUUCCAUCUUGACAUGCGGCAAAAUGAGUCACGUUUUCUUCUUGGUCUGUGCCCUGGUAUUGUGUUUUCUGCUGAUGGAAGUUAGACCUUCUCCGACACCUACAGCUACUGCAGGUGCACAGGCAACUACAACGACCGCAGGAAGUGGAACACCGACGGCCACUACAUCUUCUACUACUUCUACCCCGGGUAGUGGAGCCACACCUACCACAGCUGGAGCAAGCAGUGGAACCACUUCUACCACAGCUGGAGCAAGUAAUGGAACCACUACUACCACAACUGGGUCAAUCAUUACCACCGCAUCUACUACGACAGGAGCAGCCGGUAGCAACGCAUCUAACACGGCUGGGUCAGGCGGUAGCCUCGCAUCUACCACGGCAGGAGCAGGCAGUAGUACUAUUUCUACCACGGCUGGGUCAGGUAGCAGCACCGCAUCUACCACAGCGGGUUCAGGUGGUAGCACAACAGCUACUACAAAUGGAGGAGGCGGUGGAACAACAGCUGCAACUUCAACAGGAACAAUUCAGCCAACUUCAACCUCUUCAUCUUCCAGUGGAAGUACCCAGACCCCUGGAGAUGCAUAUUCUACUGCACAAAGUCCAACUGGAGAAAUGUCAACAACCAAAGCGAAACUUCCUUACGCUAAAGCAACAAUUUCCGCACGACUUCAAGGCACUUUUACUCAUGAUCUUAAAAACAAUAAUUCAGUAGAAUUCAGAAGCAAAGCCAGGCAAUGUGAAGAUGCCAUUUGUCCACUCAUUACAGCAAAGUUCAAUAAUGGAGCAGUAAAAGAGUGUCGGGUGAAGGAGUUUAUCAAUGGGAGUAUAAUAGUAGUGAUGAUUGUAACCGUAGACCAAGAAAUCACCAGCAUUCCACCACAUACUUCCUACAAUAAUAUCAUAAUCAACGCUCUUUUGGAAGCCAAUUCCACAGGCAACUUAAAGGGAUUUAAUCUUUAUAGUGUAUACGUCAACUCUGUGGUCCCCACACCACCCACAGCUCAACCAACAGACGGUGAUGACGGUUUGAAAAACAUUUUUAGCACCGGUCAUUAUUAUCGUCUGGGGGUUGGAGGAUUUUCUUGGGCUGACGGGGGUGGCUCGUUUUUUAGAUAACUGGAGGGGAAUCCGCCAUGUAUUGACAGGUAUCAAGAGAGGGGAUUACAAAAAGAUAGUGCCUCUUUUGGUUGGGAUCAGUGAAUAUUUAUGAUCAGUCGCAAUUUCCUCCGACCCUUCCUGGGCGACGAAUAAUAACCGGUGCUUUAGGUAAAAAAAAAAAAAAAGAUAAAAAAGAGUGUUCUUUCGAAAUCAUAAAAAAUCACAAUGAACCAUUAACUGAGAAAGAAUGGUUCGAUGAAACGUAGAAUUUGUUGAGCUGAGCUCAUUUAUACGUAGCGCGUUCUAGUCGACAAGAAACGUAACGAUACUGGAUGGAUCACAAAUAUGUACUGAAAUAUUCACGACGUACAGAUAUUGCCGAAAAGAUCUAACGGAAAACAACUGUCGGACUAAGUUGGUCUGUCGUAGGGAUCGGAACCUGAAAUACGCAAAAUGUUGAAACUUCAAGUUGACUUUUAAGAAACGUUUAGCAUAAAAAAAUGAGAGAUUACGUUUCAAUGUCUUACCGCUCGGACGUUAUCCCUAGGUCGAGAAUACGUUCUACUGUAUGGUUUUGUUUUGUUCAUCAAGGCCACCGCAUGCGCACAUGCAUGGCCACGGCUCCGAGAGUCUUUUUAUAUAAUUACGAAUCGAAGUUUCUAGUUCUCAAAAUUUACACCGCUUUUUACAGUCUCCAAAAUCCGAGUCUUGUGGGACGAGCUGGUCUGACCACGAGACUGAUACACACCCAAGUGUCAUUUUCGGAUCAUUACCAAUCGACAUUUUUCAAUUGGCAUUUUUCACAUUUCAAACCGCGUUUUACAGUUACCAAAUUCCGCGUGGAGUCUGCGUUGACUACAACUCAGAGCCUGACCACGAGAUGAUAGAAGACAUAUACCUCAUUACAAAUAGAAGGUGCGUAACUGGGUAUUGACGUGGUCAAUAUCUGGAUACAUACCUCAUUACAAAUAGAAGGUGCGUAACUGGGUAUUGACGUGGUCAGUAUCUGGACACAUACCACAUUACAAAUAGAAGAUGCGAAACUGGAUAUUGACCACGUCAAUAUCUGGAUACAUACCUCAUUACAAAUAGAAGAUGCGUAACUGGAUAUUGACGUGGUCAAUAUCUGUACACAUACCUCAUUACCAAUAGAAGGUGCGUAACUGGAUAUUGACGGGUUUAAUGUCUGGACACAUACCUCAUUACAAAUAGAAGAUGCGUAACUGGAUAUUGACGUGGUCAAUAUCUGUACACAUACCUCAUUACAAAUAGAAGGUGUGUAACUUGAUGUUGACGUGUUCAAUAUCUGUACACAUACCUUAUAACAAAUAGAAGGUGUGUAACUGGGUAUUGACGUGGUCAAUGUCUGGAUAAACAACUCCUUACAAAUUGAAGGUACGUAGAUCAAUCUUAAAGUGUUCACUAUAUUAUGCUGAAACCUGCUGGACACUGAAGUUGCUGAGAAAAACAUGCAAUGUUCCUCAACCUUCCCCUGCGCAAUUGUGUUGCGCGACAAAACAAAAGGUUUGUUACAGUUGCAGGAUAGAAGAGAUGUUACAAACGACAAUGUGUCAUACGUUGAGAAAGGCUUCGGCAGCCCUAGUUCACCGCAUAUAUGAGUGUAGAGAAGCAUGAAUUCCUCAAAAUUCAAGUUCAAGUGUUGUGGAGCAUCAGGACCAGGGAACUGGUUGACCAUUGCAGGAACUCAUUCCACCAAGUUCCUGCAAAUGCGAGGGCGUUAGCAACGACAAGUUCAGCAUUUAUACUCUAAACCUCUACAACAAUCCUUUUCUGAUUGGUCUCCAGUAACAUCGGGUGUCCCGCAAGGUUCAAUUCUGGGGCCGAUCUUGUUUCUGUUAUAUGUAAAUGACAUUCCAAAUGUAGCCACAUCAAGCAUCAAAUUGUUUGCUGAUGAUACUAAGAUCUAUAGACGACUAACCGACGUUGGGGAUGUAACAGCUCUACAGUCGGACCUUGCUUCUUUAGAAGACUGGGCGGCGGAUUGGCAAGUCAAGUUUAACCCUAAAAAGUGUGAAGCCAUGAGGAUAACUCAUAAGGGUGAUAAGAAUAAAACACAAUAUCACAUAUCCGACACAGCAUUAAAGAACGUACAUGACUACAAAGACCUUGGAGUUACAAUGUCGAGCGAUCUAAGUUGGUCCAAACAUGUAGAAGCAAUUGUACAUAAAGCAAAUAAAGUCCUUGGUUUAGUUAA